UCCCAAACACCCUGCACCCCGUCGGGUCUAGCUACCUUGGCGUCUUGCGCAAACGAGCGAGCUGCACGCAAGCAAGAGGAGCAGCAUCUCCUUCGUGGCUCAGAAUUUGCUGUCGGCCGUCCGCUGCAACGCAUCCGACUGCGCCGGCAAACCGACCGCUGACAUCAUGGCCGACGACCCGCACAACACGAGCGACCCCUCGGUUCAUGCGGAGCCCGCCGCUGCCGCAGAGGAGGACGCCGAGACGACGGCCGCGCGCCGCGAGCUGAAGCAGACCUCCAUCUCGGAGAAAACAGAACACGGCACCAUACCACUCUCGCAGGAUGAAAAGGGCGCCUCGGAGGACGAUGCACCCGAAGACAGGGCCGCCCGCCGCCGGCGGAUCACGCCCGAGAUCAGUUUAGGCGCCCCGAGGGAGGAUGCGCUGAAGGAGCAGGUGUCGUCGCCCAAGAAGAAGCGAGCGCACGACGAGCUGGAGGAAAACCGAGAUGUCACUGGCGCCCCGCUCGAGGGGGAGUCGCCCGGCCAGUCGGCCGCCUCAGCCACGGUCCAGAGCAGGACGGAUAGGUCCGAGCCCGAGAAGAAACGGCCGCGAGACCGCCAAGCCAGCGCGUCGGCGGUAGAGAGUGGGAAGGAGGAAGUCGAGCCGCUAUCCGCCAGCGCAUCGCCGAGAUCGAGCAUGGAGCAGCCUUCGGAAGCGAGAGAGCCUGCCAAGACGGAGCCGCCGAAACCAGCGUCGGCCUCGGCCUUCGCCAAGUCCGGCUUUGCAAAACUCGCCGCCUCGUCAACCUCGCCGUUCGGCACCAUAGGCGGAGCCGGCAAGCCCAGCCUGUUCGGCUCGACCGCGGGCUCCUCCAAUUUUGGCAGUGCCCUUGGCGGGUCCAAGCCGGCCGCCCCAUCCGCGCCGCCGAAACUAAGCUUCAGCGGAACCACAGCUGCGUCUCCCUUCGCCGGACUUAACGGCCAAGGGAGCGGCAGCGGCGGCGGCUCCGUGUUCAAGUCGAGUCCCUUUGCGAGCGCCUUCGGCGGCAGCGCCCUGUCCGGCGCGCGACUCAGCAACUUUGGCAAGCCCGGCGAGGCCCUUAAGAGCGACAAGCCGGCCAAGCCGUUUGGUGCGCCAGACAGUGACACUGAGGACAAGUCGGACGAGGGAAGCAGCGAGGACGAGGACACCAAGGGUGACGCCGCGUCUGAGGAUGAGGGGACCAAGGAGGACGAAAGAGAGAAGGACGACGCCAAGGCCGGCGAUGACAAGAAAAAGCCCAAGCUACAGAAGAUUGUGGUCGACGACGGCGAAGGGCAGGAGAGCACGCUCUUCUCGGUGCGCGCCAAGAUGUACGUCAUGGAGAAGGGCGUCGGGUGGAAGGAGCGGGGCUCGGGCAUGCUCAAGGUGAACGUGCCCAAGGCGACGGUCGAGCUGGACGAGCAGGGCGCGGCCGACCCGGCAUCGUUCGACCCGUCCGUGCUGCGCCAGGACGACGACGACGACAACAACAACAACGGCGGGAACGGCAACAAGGACGCCCUCCGCAAGCACGUACGCCUGAUUAUGCGGCAGGACCACACGCUGCGCGUCAUCCUGAACACCGUCAUCCUGCCGGCCAUGAAGUUCCAAGUCACGAACCGGCUGAAGACGUCGACGGUGCUGUUCACGGCCUUCGAGGGCGGCGAGGUGCGGCAGGUGCAGAUGAAGAUGAGCGAAGCAAAUGCCACGGCCUUCUCGCAGCUCGUCGAGAUGUUGAAGAAACGACUGGCGGAUGUUGAGGAACGGGGCUAGGCCGACAUGAACAGCUCCCCGCUAUGAGGGUACAAAACGGGCAACGUCCCCCUCUCUACAUAUCUUUUGUUUACCUACACGGAUCA